GGGGAUUGGAACACCUGAAUCACAUGAUAUGGAGGGGAUUGGAACACCUGAAUCACAUGAUUUGGAGGGGAUUGGAACACCUGAAUCACAUGAUAUGGAGGGGAUUGGAACACCUGAAUCAUAUGAUAUGGAAGGGAUUGGAACACCUGAGUCACAUGAUAUGGAGGGGAUUGGAACACCUGAAUCACAUGACUGGGAGGGGAUUGGAACACCUGAAUCACAUGAUAUGGCGGGGAUUGGAACACCUGAAUCACAUGAUAUGGAGGGGAUUGGAACACCUGAAUCACAUGAUAUGGAAGGGAUUGGAACACCUGAGUCACAUGAUAUGGAGGGGAUUGGAACACCUGAAUCACAUGAUAUGGAGGGGAUUGGAACACCUGAGUCACAUGAUAUGGAGGGGAUUGGAACACCUGAAUCACAUGAUAUGGAGGGGAUUGGAACACCUGAAUCACAUGAUAUGGAGGGGAUUGGAACACCUGAAUCACAUGAUAUGGAAGGGAUUGGAACACCUGAGUCACAUGAUAUGGAGGGGAUUGGAACACCUGAAUCACAUGAUAUGGAGGGGA